ACCACUCCCACCCCAACCGCUGCAAGCCCUCCAACCGCAACCGGCUCCUCAUCAUCCAAGGCAACGGAGGCGUGCUAGGCCACCAAUUUUCCGUACCCGUGUCCUCCUUUUUGGGAUGCCUGAUGAUGUGGUUUUGCGCAGAUACAGGCUGCCACCUCAUCUAAUCCUAGACACUCUCUCCAUAAUAGAGAGUGAUCUAGAACAAUCCAUUAGGUAUCCUACAGCAAUACCAGCAUUGACACAAUUCCUUGCUGUGUUACAUUUUGUUGCCACUGGUUCAUACCAGCAUGUUGUGGGCGAUCUGGUUGGCAUGUCGCAGGGCCAGUUCAGUAAGGUCCUGCGGCGUGUCAGCCAGGCUUUUAUUAAGCGAGUUAAGCAAUUUAUUGCUAUGCCUUUGGAUGUUGGGGCCCUAGAUAUGGUGAAGCGGCAAUUUGAGGAAGGUGGUAGUUGCUUCCCACAUGUUAUUGGGGUUGUGGAUGGCACACAUGUCGCUAUUGUACCACCAAGACAUAAGGAAGAAAUUUAUAGAAACAGGAAACUGUUUCAUUCUCUGAAUGUAAUGGUUGUUUGUGGGCCAUCCCUCCAGAUCCUGUCCCUGAAUGCUAAGUUCCCGGGGAACUCCCAUGAUGCCCAUGUCAUUAGACAAUCAGGGAUAUGGCACAGAUUAAGAUCGAUGGAAGGACAAGACAUGUGGUUAUUGGGAGACCGUGGAUAUCCUUGCACCCCCUGGCUCAUGACUCCUUACAGUAAGCCCAGGCCAGGACCACAGACGGCAUUUAACUCCGCGCUUACUGCCACUAGACAGCUGGUGGAGCGCACGAUUGGUGUCCUUAAAGGGCGCUUUCGUGUGCUCCACCGCACUGGUGGCGACAUCAUGUAUUCGCCGGAGAUGGUAAGUAAAAUUGUGGUCCUGUGCGCUAUCCUACAUAACAUCGCUGUAAGGAGUCGCGUUGAGCUUCCUCACACAGAGGAAUUGCCAGAUGAGGAGCCAGGGGUUGGGCGGAGAGUCGGUGGAGGGAGUGUUUCCCGGAGGGAAAACGAAAUAAGGGCACGCAUUGUGCGGGAAUAUUUCAGGUAUAGUGAAUUGUUCCAAAUUAUAAAAAUAUUAAACAAAGUCACUGUAUGUUUAUGCUCAUUUUGCUCUGAUGUCAUUUAG